AUGUCACUGUCUGCAAUGGGCAAUGAUAUCACAGAGGCACAGAGCUUCCUAUCAGAACCAAGGCAUGAGUGCUUUCUGGAUGUGCUGAGCAGCUCCUUUGCUAAGGACGAGACCCCGCUUAUUCCUCUUGGAGACUUCAACAUCCAGCUUGAGAGCCCCCAGACUACUGACUCCCUCCCCCUGCUCCAAGACAGCAUCCCCUCCUAUCCCUUCCGGCGGCAGACUGACCCAGAGACGCUGGCAAGGGGCAGGGCGGCAGAGAUGCUGGAGUUGGCUCUGAUGGAUUUGAAGGACAGAGCCAGGCAGAGGCGAAAGCGUGAUGCCAUGGUGACAGAGCUUAUUGCAUUAGAGGAGGUGGAGCUGGCACUCAACCAGUCUGGAUGCCCUCACCCCACCCAGCCAAGUACCUGUCCCACGGACUGCCGGGCCAGACAGUACCGCACCAUCUCUGGAGUCUGUAACAACAGACAUCACCCUCUCUGGGGAGCGGCAAACUAUGCCCUGGCCAGAUGGCUUCCAGCACAGUACGAAGAUGGGGAAAGCAGCCCCAGGGGCUGGCACAGCGGACGCUUCUACAAUGGCUUCCCCCUGCCCACGGUCAGAGAAGUUAGCAACGCAAUGAUGCAGAACUCCAGCAAGUGCAUGCUGGCGGAUGAAGUGUAUUCCCAAUUGCUGGUGGAAUGGGGCCAGUACAUAGACCAUGACAUUUCCUUCACCCCGCAGAGUACAAACAAAGCUGUCUUAUCGGGACAGCCAGACUGUCUAAUGACUUGUGAAAACACCAAUUCCUGCUUUCCCAUUAAGAUUCCCCCAAAUGACAGACUGUCCGGAGUGAGAGCCUGCCUGCCGUUCCUCCGGUCCUCUCCAGCCUGCCCGUCUGAGGCCGCCGAUGUGCUCCUCCACAGACUCCAUCAGGGCCUGCAGAGGGAGCAGGCUAACAGCAUUACAUCUUUUCUGGACGCGUCCACCGUGUACGGCCAUAGCCCCUCCCUGCAGGCCCAGCUACGCAACCUGUCCAGCCCGGCUGGCUGCCUCGCAGUCAACACCUUGUUCACGGAUCACGGCCGGCCGCACCUGCCGUUCGCCCCCAGCACCACGCGUUCGAGGUCCCCGGGCCUGGCCCACCAGCCGGGCGGGAAGGCGGAGUGUCUGCAGGCUGGGGACAGCCGCGUCUGCGAGGUGCUCACCCUCUCCACCCUGCACACCCUGUGGCUGAGGGAACACAACCGUCUCAGCAACAUGCUGAAGUCUCUCAACCCUCACUGGAGUGCCGAGAUCACUUAUCAGGAGACCCGCAAGAUCAUUGGGGCCUUGCACCAGAUCAUAACCUUCAGGGACUAUCUUCCUAAAAUUCUUGGGCCCGAGGCUUUUGAGCAAUACAUUGGCGUCUAUGGAGGAUACGACUGUUCAGUGAAUCCCACAGUCUCUAACAUUUUUGCGACGGCCGCCUUUCGGUUUGGACACUCCACGGUUUCUCCCGUUCUGAGGAGACUGAAUGAGAACUUUCAGGAGCAUGAGCUCUAUCCAUCUCUGAGCCUGCAUGAGACCUUCUUCAGUCCAUGGAGACUUCUGGAAGAAGGGGGGCUGGACCCGGUGCUCAGGGGCAUGCUGGCAACUGCAGCUGCGGCAGUGAGCCCUGACCACCUGAUGACCACGGAGCUGACCGAGAGACUGGUCGUCAGGUCCAUUCCUGGAGCGCUGGAUCUGAUAGCUAUGAACCUGCAGCGGGGUCGUGACCAUGGCCUUGCAGGAUACAACGACUGGAGAGAAUUCUGUGGACUGGAUCGAGUAGAAACAUUCACAGAUCUCAGAUCAGUUAUAAGUGACCCUGGUUUAGUGAAGAAGUUCAUAGAUUUGUACAGACACCCCAGUAACAUCGAUGUGUGGCUCGGCGGAGUGGCAGAGGACCCUUUACCUGGGGCUAGGACAGGCCCACUCUUUGCCUGUCUAAUUGGUAAACAGAUGAAGAUGCUGCGUGACGGAGACAGAUUCUGGUGGGAGAAUGGUGGUGUUUUCACGAAGACACAGAGAAAGGAACUCCUAGGAUACUCACUGUCCGGAGUCAUCUGUGAAAAUACUGGAGUGAAGGAUGUCCCCCGUGACCCCUUCAGAAAGGGACGAUACCCCCAAGACUUCUUGUCAUGUGACAACGUUCCCAAGAUCAACCUGGAGGCGUGGCGUGAAGAUGCCAGCAAAGCGCUGGGGGCUUGUGGUCCCCCCACAGCCAUAGAAAAUGGAGAUUUUGAGUUUUUUUCCUCAUCUGGCAAAGUAACAGUGCUGUACUCCUGUCACCAUGGUUACCGCUUGGAAGGCCCACAGGAGACAGUCUGUACAGAGUCAGGUUGGAGUGGCCAGCCUCCGGUCUGUGAACGUGUUCCGGUCCUCCCGUUCGCGACCCGCAGAGGUUCGGCUCCGCAGCAGCCCGGAUGUAGUCAGCUGUCCUCAGAUCAGUGCAGCACCGCUAAUGCACGGAGCAGGAGAAACAUGGCGCUUGCAGGAGCAUGA